AUGCCGUCCAACAACAAGAGACGGUCGAGCACUACUGCCAAAGGCAAGAGCAAGGGAAAAGGCAAAGCGCCUCCAAGCAGGGAACCCCUUCCUCUCGGUACACUCGUAGCGCGACGCUACAUUAAUCAGAGCAAGAAUCAGAAAUGGGAUGAUUCAGGUCAGAUUGUGGAGGUAGUCGCGAUCGCCAAUGGUCCUCGCAGCUACAAGGCGAAAUUUGCGGAUGGCGUCGAACCGCUGUCGGACAAUGAAGCGCAAGUCGCCAGUGAAGCCUACCGAAUUCGAACCCAAACUAACAAGCUGGAUAUUACGAGACAUCCAAGGCCGGCGCCGGGAACAAAGAUUUCCAAGCGAUACGCGAUAGAUGAGGACGGCAGUUCCGAGUGGUAUGAGGGCAAAGUCAUUGCGCAGACGAGGAGAUCGACUAAAGUCCGAUUUGAUGACGAUGGUGUCGAAGAGGACCUGACUGAUGAUGAGCUGAGAGUCUGUGCCUUUGCCUAUAAAUAUUUUCAUCCAGAACCAGGCGUAGCGGAAACAAAGGUGGAAGCGAAGAAAACCGCAAAACAAGGUGGUAAAAAAGUCAAGAAGGAAGAGGACGAAGAAGAAAUUCCUCCCAAGCGAGCCAAGAAGGCCAAAAUGGAAGACGAUGAUCCAAAACCAGCGGCUGGAAAGAAAAAACGUUUGUCAGCCAAACAGAAGCUCCAACAAUCAGCAGAAGACGAAGACUCUGGUACAGAAGCGGAUGUAGAAGAGGAUAAAAAGCCAGCUGCGCGCACCAAACGAACCGGAAGGAAAUCAGCUACACAAAAGUCUGAGCCAGAGGAACCGGCUGGCAGCGAGAAGAAUGAGGACGAGAAGACUGCGGCCAGCUCUAGGCAAAACAGACGGAAAUCAGCUCCUAAGAAGUCUGAGCAACCGGCUGAUAGCGAGCAGAAUGAAGAGAAGAAGACUGCAGCCAAGCCAAACAGACGCAAGGCAUCCAAGAAACCCGCUGCUGACGAAGAACCAAUGGUCGGAAUCAAAGACGCGGAUCAAAUAAUCAACAAUAGUCGCAAAACAAGGGGAGCUGCUGCAAAGACUGAGGAGGAAGAGCAACCAGAUAGCCGAGGGAUCAAGCGAAAGCACGAAUCCAGGCUGGUGGCCCCUGCAAAAAAGAAGCAACCCCCCAAGCCACAGGAAAAUGUCGCGGUGUCGAAGCGUCGUCAGACUAGGACCAGUCUGCAGAAUGAGCUCGACAAGGAAGGCAUAAGUCCAGCUACCGCCAAAACUGCCAAGGCUUCGAACAAGAAGGGGGACAAAGAAAAGGACGAGGCUCCAAAGCCACAGGAAGAUCUUACGGCUGUGGCGCCAAAGCGUCGUCAAACCAGGACCAGUCUUCAGUCCGAACCCAACAAGAGUCCAGCUACCGCGAAAACCGCCAAGGCUGCAAACAAAAAGGGAGGCAAAGAAAAGGAAGAGCCAGCUACCGCAAAAGCUUCCGAAGAACCUGCUGCAAGUCCAGACAAGAAACCACUGGCCCGAGGUUCGAGAUUGAGGAGCAGCAGUCCGGUACCAAAGAAGAAUCAGGUGGAUGCCGAAAAGUCAAACGGCAAAGCCAGGACAACUAGGUCUGGAGGUGAAAGUGCAUCCAAGCGUGCGUCCACUGGCACGCCCGAUGCCAACAGCAAAAGCCGCAGUUCGUCGAGGACCAAGGCUGUGGCUAGCAAAGAUGAGAAAGAGAGUCACGACUCGAAUACUGCCGAGUGUCCUGAAUCUCCAACCGUCGUUGAGCUCCGAGAGGCAGAGCAAGAGCACGGGAAUGCCAAUCAGGCCGAGCAGGAAGCCAAGGCCGCAUACGAGCAAGCCGAGAAAGCCCUGAAGGAGGCACAGGAACGACUCCGAGCUGCUGCCAAGCUUCAUGCUGAUUCCAAAAAGAGGGUGCAACGAACCAAGAGAAAACUGGAGGAAGCGUCGAGAUCUUAUCAGCGACGAAAGCGGGCGAGGUUAAUGGAAAACAGGAGUGUUGCCUUGACGGAAACAGAGACGAAAUCUACAAAGAAAUGGGGGGAUGACACGGCUUGUCAGGCGGAAACUGAAGUCUUGAAGGAAUAUGGCAACGAGGUUGAAUUCGAUCACACAGCACGUACAUCUACUGCCAAAGUCACCGAGGGGGAUAAUGCCUGUGAAUCAGGCCCUUUGGGAGCGAAAGAAAAUAAUGGCUCUGAGACUGACGCAACCGGUGCACUGAAAACCAAAGUACAGCGGGAAGCAGUUAAAUCGGCAACUCCAACGGAAGUUGAUGCUGCUAAGACGGAUUCUCAGGUUGAAGCAGCCGGUCUGUUGGACAGCAAAGACGCGGAGACCAAGGAGACAACAUGCCCCCCAUCGGAGAUUGAUGCCAGGUCUGAAUCUCAGGUUGAAUCGACGACUCCAGGCGAUCCCAACGUUGUUGAACAGGGUAAGCCGUCCAGUCCAUCCGAAACCAAACCAACGACUGGCUCCCAAGUGGAACCAGUUUGCCCAUCGAUACCGGCGCCCAAAGUCAUCCAGGGUACGGACAUUAUUGACGGAGCAAGUCCAUCUCAGCAAACCAAUACUACUACCGCUGAAAUGGAUGUGGCCAGCCGAUCCGAGAACAGAGCAAAAGAAGGACUUGAAGUUGAAGGAUCAAAGGGCAGUCAGGACGAAAAGAACAACACUCCACAACCACAACCACAGCCCCGAGUUGAAAACGGGAACCAAAACGACGAAAUAUCGCAUGCCAUGGUUCCGUCCCAAUCUUCUAAUAAUUCGAGCGAAGAUUCCCCAAAGGAACACAUUAUGUGGAUAGCAGCAGGCAAAGCAGGCGUCGACCCAUCGGACACCCAACAAAAGGAAGAUGUCGAAUCGGAAAGGCCGCAAGUGACGCGUACCUCCGAGAAAGAGCGUGAGACUGAAGUUGGAAAACAGAUGGCUGGUCUGACGAGUCCAUCGCAGUCUCGUGCACACGAAGCAAGCUUAAUCCUCUCGAAAGAUACGGACGAAACUGGAUCUGAAGCUGUCCCAAGCAAAGAAGCCAAGUCUCCAAGUCCGGGAAGCAGCAAAGCCGAAACCAACACUAAUGAAUGCAAGCCAAGCUGCACGCCGCCGGUGCCACCACCUGAAAAGACUGUGACUGGAGCUGCAUCACCUUCUGUGGAGGCAGCCGACAGCGUCGAGGCUGCGCUAGGAACACCCGGCUCUGAAUCCAAGGCACAAGCGAGUGUUGUCGAGCAUGACAACAGUUUUGCAUCUCCGACCAACGACCAAGCUUCUUCUUCGAUUGUGUCCACUCUUCCUGCACUGGGCAUGACGAGCCCUCCAGCUGCAGUUGUGCAGACGCCCGCACCUUCCACAGCUCCUAAAGCAGAAAAAAUUACUGAUGCUGCUGCUAGCUCCAAAGAAAUAGGGAUGGACCCCUUGAAGACUGUCACGACCCAGGCCUCUCCCGAAACAGCCGGCAGUCCUCCAGUUGCAGGGAUGGACUCCCUUACAGCAGAAGGUGCCAGGGCUCCAGCGGCUGGGAUGGAAGCCAUAACCGCUGCCGGCAUCUAUAAUGAAGGAGCAACUCCUCCAGUUGCUGACAUGGAAACCACGAGCCCCGUCACCGGUGUUGAUGAGAAAGCCACGACCGCUGUCCCGGCAUCCACUAGGAAGGAAAACUCAACAACUACUGAGCACACUCCUGAAGGAGCAGAAGGUGAAACUGUGAUUAAAACCUCACAUGUUGAUGCGAUUGAUGCUGCACCUAGGCCUCAGGACAAAUCCUCGGGACCACUCCCCACUCCUAAAGGAACGCAAGGUGAAACUGCGACUGAAACCCCAUAUGUUGAUGCAAUUGAUUCUGAGCCUGGACCUGAAGACAAAACCUCAGCAGCUCUUCCGACUCUUGAAGGAACGGAGGGCGAAACUAUGUCUGAAAUCCCUCCUGUUGAUGCGGUUGAUUCUGCACCUAUACCUCAAGACAAAACCUCAACAGCUCUUCCGACUUUUGAAGGAACGGAGGGCGAAGCUAUGUCUGAUAUCCCUCCUGCAGGAACGGAGGGCGAAACUACGACUGAUUCCCCUCUUGUUUAUGGGAAUGAUGCUCCGUCUGGACCUGAAGGCAAGGCAGAAGGUUGCGUUGAGAGUGAAGCGGAUGCUGUUCCAAUCACGAAUCUUGCUGCAGAAAGCAGCAUGUCAAUGGCCCGAAAUGCUUCACAGAGCAGCCAGCCCCACACCAGUCCCAAUACCUCUUUAGGUGGAUUCAAGGAAGGAGAAAGAAGCGAAAUUGUUGCCGCAGGGGAAGCAGCCAUUCAUACCGGUGGGCAGUGGGGGGCCAACGAAUCGGCAGCAUCUGAACGAACCACAGGCCUCAGUUCCAUCCGAGCGCAACUCCCAGAGGACGCAGACGCCCAGUGGUGUCAGAGAUAUGAAGCAGUUGCGGCGCAUUACGAGAAGACUGGCCAUUGCCGCAGUAGCACUUUGGACUGGUGGCUCUCGGACCAGAGAAUUAGUUUCCACAACGACGAUUUGGACCCAUGGAAAGUUGAAGCUUUGGAUCGAGUGGAGAUCAAUUGGGUACCAAUUGCAACUGCCGAUAAAUUCGAAAAGGGGUUCACAAAACUCCUGUCCUUUCAUGAAGAACAUGGUCAUAUCAAGGUCUCUGCGACUGCAUACAAGGGACUGUUCACCUGGCUGACGGCCCAAUUGGAACAUUACAAGAAGGCAAGAAUUACGGGCAAGUUUUCGACCCGAAUGACUCAGACAAUGGUCGAAGAGCUUGAGAUGCUGGGUAUCGUUGAUCUUCUUGGGACGGAGUUCGACAAAAAGCCAUAUGAUAAGGUUCCUGAAGCCGGCCUCCAAGUGGCGAAUGCACCACUGGAAGCAGAAUUCAAGCGGCUCUUUCCGCAGUUGCAGGCACACUAUAGGGACUUUGGGCAUCUCGAUUACUUGCUGAACGAUUCAAAAAGCCCCCUUGGGCGCUUUGUGAAGAAACAGCAGUCCUAUUUCCAGAAAUUCAAGGAACAGGGAAGGUUUGGUGCCUACUUGACUACCGGGAGAAUCGAUUUGUUGGAGAGUGCGGGAGUUCCGUUGGACCCUGCGAAAGAAGGCACAAAGGCAGAACAAUGGAUGGCUACGUUCCGCCAGGUCGAAGCUUUCCAUCACAAGUAUGGUCAUCUUUGCUUCUCUCAAGAAACCGAGCGCUGGGAGUCUGUUGUCCGCUGGACAACAUGGGAGAAGCAUGUGUGGGCGGAAUUCAGCAAACACCAGUUGGGGCUUCCGAAUGACUUGUCGCAGGAAAGAAUCGACCUGCUGGAUGGCAUCAAGUUUUUUGUGUCAACCAGCGAGUCUCAUCAGUGGAAGCGACAGUUCGACGAAAUCAGAUCUUUUUAUGAUGAGUACGGCCAUCUACACUACGUUGAUUCUCUUGGGGAGAAGUCUACGAAAGACAUUGAUCGUUGGCAAGAAUGGGACCAGGAGCAGCGGAUGGAGUAUUCGAAAUUCAAACGACGAGAGCCAUCAAGCUUGACAGUCGGUAGGGUUGUCCUGCUGUCUCACAUCAACUUUUUGGACUGGAGAAAGGACUGCGAGUGGAACAAGAGCCGGCACAAGUGGAACCAAUCGUGUGACGAAAUCAAGGCAUUCUUUGAGAAACAUGGCCAUCUCAUCUUUGGUGAAGAGGAAGGACACACCGAACAGGACAUCAAGCGUUGGAAGGUUUGGACAGCAAAACUACGAGAUGACUUUGCGAAUCUGAAGGGUGGACGGAAAAGCGAGUACUUGACUCAUGAGCUUGCGGGCUCCUUGGAGAAGAUAGGCUUGUUUCUUCCCGAGGAGGAACAGGAAACGAAUCUCUACAUGGCUUGGUUGAAACGUUUUCGUGAGACAAGACCAAUCGAUGGAAUAAUGACACCAGAAGAAUUUGAGGAAGCCAGCGGAGAUCGCAGAACAGCUCUGUGGUUGCAAGAACAGAGGGAGAAGUGUCGCAGGUUCCUGCUACAAAACCCCAAAGCUCCGACUCUGAACGACAGACUACAACGAAUUGUUGCGUUGGGUUUCGACUUGGGACAAGAGCAGCGCACUCACGGGGAAACCUCCGUUCCCGCAUCACUAAUCCAAGAUUCUGCACGAGCGACUUCUCCAAUGCCAGAAAAGGAAGUGGGCGAUGCCACCGCUGGCGACGGUGGGUCAACUCCAAAGAAGAAACCCGCUUCGAAGGACGGGCACCAGCAGGAUCCAUUCACCGAAGCUUUCACCGAAGCUCUUGCAAAUCCGCCGGUCAACGGUACACCAGGACGUCCGAGGGUCAAGGGGCCGUGUUCAGGUCUCACGCCAAGGAAGUGGUGUCCCACACCGCCAAUAGGUGCGACCGUGGAAGAGAACGGCAACGCCGCUUCAAACACAGAACCAGCUAUUGCUGCGAGCCGUCGCUCACUUGGUACGCUAUCGGAAGAAAGUACCCAGACUGGUGAAAGCAACUCGAUGGCAACGUCUGCCCAAUCCAGCUUGCCAACACCACCAAAAAAGGCUCGCGCAGCAAACAAGACAAGGCAAUCCCCAGCGGGCGCACAGAAAUGGUCUUUGAUAGAGAAAGAGGGAGAUGCGUCGCAGUCCGAGAGCUACUGCGCUGGUUGUUUUUGUCCAUUUCUGCACCCAGAGGUUGCUAGGCUCAAGCACACGUACACCAAGCAAGGAAAAGACGUUAUCAAUAGGUACUGCUGCAAGGCAUCUUGCAUUUCUCUUGGCAAAGUUCGUGACAACGUUAACCAGGAUCACAUUGACGAGCUGUGUCAAAUGACAUGGCCCCAGCAAACCGAGCAAAUGCAAGAGAGACUGAGAAAGCUUGUCCAACAACUGGAGUCUGAUCGCACGGAGUUAGUUACGGAGCUUUCGAAGGUACAUUUAAUGAAUGGCAAAGCAAAGUCAUACACAGGAACGACGGCAACGGUCAUUCCGAGAAGCCCGAAGCAACCACAACCGGCGAGCCAUGCAAAGAGCCCCCCGAAGCCACAACCCAAAAGUAAGGUUACCACGACGCCGCCCACGACGCCGCCCGCAAGAGAUGACGGGCCGACUUUCAGAGAAUCGAUACCUCACGCUGCGAAACCAAAUCCCCAAGGUUUUUCGCUAUACGUCAAGAGUAUGGGGGCGGAAGUCAAGUAUUACUACAAAACAGUUCCUAAUAUCACUGCUCGCGAAGUGGCCAGAAUGAUGCGCGAGAAAUACGACAAGCUACCCCCCGACGAAAGGCAGCAAUGGGAGUCUCGUGGUGCGGAAGAAGCAGAUGAAACACAAACCGCCGCCGCUGUAACAGCCAUGUUUGGUGAAUCGUCGUCUCCCUCCACGGGAGGAAUACGACCCUACCAAAGAGAGACAACGCCAGAAAAAACACCAGCAACAAGCAGCGAAUCACCACAACACGACUUUCCCCCUUCCGACGAAGAGGAGGAGGAGGAGAGCGAAUGCAACGAUAACGAUGACGUUUACAGUUUUGGCGACACGGACAACGAAGAAGACUCGUCUGUCACAAGUUCUUUCUUUGAUCCAAACGUCGAACGAAUUGAUCCUGAGAACAGCAACUGCAUUAUCAUGUAA